AUGUCACGUUCAAAAAGUAAAGAAGGUGAAGCUCCUAGUGAUGAUUAUGGUUUGAGGUGGGGAGAACCUGUUGAUGGUCAUCGUAAUAAUGUUAGAUGCGAAUUUUGUGAUAAAGUUAUUAAAGGAGGAAUAACGAGAUUGAAAGAGCAUUUGCCUGCAAAAAAAGGGAAUGUAGCACCUUGGCCAAAUGUCUCGGCCGAAAAAUACAACGUCGAAGAGCAAGAACUGGUGAAGAUUCAGUUAAUGUACUUGGGGGAGGUAGUACUUCUGGAUCUCGAGAAUUCAGAAGAUCAUUCAGUACCAUUGAUUCUAAAAGAAGUGGGAGUGAACAUUAGUGGAGUAAUUCUGACUUUCCUGGAGCUAGAUUGGCAAAUAUGGAUCCCAUUCUCGAAAAAUCAAAAGAGUUCGAAGCAACCAAAACUCGCUGCAAGCUUUUUGAAAAAUGCAAAAGUAAAGCUAGGAAAAGCAAUUUCAAAAUUAAUAUUGCAUGAAGCUUUACCAACAAGAAUUGUAGAGUUACCAUUUCUACAACCCAUACUUCAAGUUGCAGUUGAAGUUGGAAAAUCAGUUAGGGGUCCUUCAACUUAUGAGGUGACAGGAGUGUAUUUGGAAGAAGAGUUCAGAGAAAUACAAGAACGGGUGAAAGAGUUUAAGUCUAUUUGGGAAGAAAGAAGUGUGACCAUCAUGUGUGAUAGGUGGAAAGGGACUAGAAAUCAACAUAUAAUAAAUUUCUUGAUUUAUAGUCCAAGAGAUACCAUCUUUAGAAAAUCAAUUGCUGCUAGCAAUAUCACCUAUCGUACUGCUGAGUAUUAUUUUGAUAUAAUGGAAAAAAUGGUGGAUGAAAUUGGUGAAAAUUUUAUUGUUCAAUUUGUUACAGAUAAUGAAGUAACAAUCAAAGCCGGUGGUAAGAUGUUGAUGCAAAAUAGAAGGCACAUGUAUUGGUCAGCAUGUUCUGCUCAUUGUUUGGAUCUUAUUUUGGAAGAAAUUGGUAACAAAAAAAGUGUGAAAAUGUCUUAG